AAAAAAACAAAAAUGAAUCCAGGCGUCCAACAUCCAAAAAUACACACAAAUCAAUGGAUUGUUGAACGGCAUCGUGCCUUACCGCCGCCAUCAUCAGCCCAUCUUGCUGCACUCGAUGAUCACUCACAGUCUUAUUCUGCCGUCACCGACUCAUACCCGACUAGCGGUGGCCCUUACGAGGUGUCGCCAGCGAAACGGGUAAGGAUAUCAGGCAUUCUAGCAUCCUCAACCGCAGGCUGGGGCACGGGUCAACAGCAUGGCCAAGCUCAUGAUGCAGAAGUAGGGCCUUCUACUGAAACGGGCCCCAGAGCUCCCAAGUCCACUUACCGUGAGAAGAAUGGCGAUAUCACGGUGAAAAAUUCCAACGCAAUACCGCAAAGCGGCAGCACGAGCAGCAGUGUCAACACUAACAACAAGUCUCGCCGGGUCCGCACUGGGUGUCUAACCUGCCGUGGCCGCCACCUCAAGUGCGAUGAAGCCUUCCCGGAAUGCAACAACUGCCGAAAGAGUUGUCGUGAAUGCAAACGGGGUCUACGCCUGAACUUCAUCGAUACCCGAGUCAAAAGUCCGCCAUUUGUGCCGCCUACGUUGGAGUGGUCAGUACAAUUUCAUGACGAGUCGCGGCUGAUUGCGUCGGAGUAUCAGGGUGGAUUGGGACGCUAUCCCCGGCUGGAUCAGAACACCGCCGUCACGCCGCCUCAUGAGACAGAACUGGAUGCCACGCUCCGUGUUGUCGCUCAGAAACAGGAUGCCGGUGACGGCAAGACCUACCACCCGGACAACGACGUCACUCCGGGCCUUGGUGAACAGGAUGUGGUCGACAAUGGCAGUGGUGCUGGCUUGAUCAUAAAACUCUCCCCUAACCAGCCCAUUUACCAUGGAAAUCAGUUAUUCCAACCCCAAGAUCUGCACCUGCGGAAUGACAGCGACGGUCCUUUCACGAUGCGGGUCAAGAUCUCACAACACCACUCAGCAAAGGAUAGCUGGGCUUCACAAGCCCAAGGAUACAGGAGGAGCGAGGCAUCAUCGAUUGCGGUGCCUUCUUUUUCCCAGCAUGGCCAUCAAAGUCAGUCUGUACGGCAAAGCGUUCCUUUGACGACCUAUGGGCUGCAAACCAGCCAAACCCAGCACGCGCCGGAAGCCAUGUCAGAAAAUUCGACCGCCAGGACUACCCCGUCAAAGAAAACAACUGUCGAACGGGACUACCUCAGCACGGAUUCCGAAAUUCAUCUUAUGCAAGUGUUCAUUAGCGAAGUCGCCCCCUGGAUGGACAUCCUUAGUAAAGGCAAGCAUUUCGCCAACAUGAUGCCCGACCUAGCCCUCAAAUCACCCAUGCUUCUCAAUGCUCUCCUAGCCUGUGGCACCAUGCACCUCUCCCUGACACAACGACAUCAACAACAACAACAACAACAACAACAACAACAACAACAACAACAACAACAACAACAACAACAACAACAACAACAACAACAACAACAACAACAACAACAACAACAACAACAACAACAACAACAACAACAACAACAACAACAACAACAACAACAACAACAACAACAACAACAACAACAACAACAACAACAACAACAACAACAACAACAACAACAACAACAAUCUUCUUCCCAGCCUUCCGGUAUCAGCACUAUCAACAAAGCCUGUUCGUACUACGAUCUCGCAAUGAUGGAGCUCUUGCAUAACCUCGAGCAGACUGGCUCACCAUCGGACCGCAAUGCAGCCGAGUGUGCCACCGCGGCUACUGUGCUCAACGCGUACGACAUUAUGAACAGCGGCGGGAACCCGUCCCCAUCCCCAUUCCCGUUAUCGAGAUUGCAGCAGCAGCAACAGCAACGGGUAGCAGUAGAUUACCACAUCGCCGGCUGCGCCAGGGCGCUGGUACAGGAAUGCGGGUGGAACGCGAACUCGGCGUCCGCGACGGGGACUGGUGUGGGGGAAGCUUGUUUCUGGUUCAACGGGUGCAUGGAGGUGCUCAGCUGUUUGCAGCCGGCGCUGGUGAUGAUGAACUCGUGGCAGCAGACCCCAACUGUUUGGGAUCCCGAUCAGUGGGGGCUGGAUGUGAAUGUUGACCGAUGGGCGACUGCUGCGAAUAGUACGGCGGUUACGGGGAACGACGGUAAUCUGAAAAUAAUUGAAGAUGAUGACCAGUCGCCCUUUGGGCUUCGUCGGCUCGGUGCUUCGGGCGGUGGGGGAUACGGCACUGGCAACGGCAGCGGAGAGGAAGAGCUUUGGGCGCAACGCAUCCUCUACGUCCUCGCCAAGGUUGUUAACUUUUGCUCUGCAAACAACAGCGUGUCACGAUACCAAGAAACCUCGCCUCACGACGAACAGAUGCGUCUCCAGAGGCGGUUCACGGAGUGGAAGAGCCUCAAUGACAUGUGCGACGCCUGGAGAAGUAAUUGUCCGCGUUCAAUGCGGCCGUAUGGAUAUGUUCGCUCGUCCUCGAGCGGGUCGUUGUUUCCUAAUGUCUGGCUCAUCAAUCGCCCUGCCCUCAUUGCCCGCCUCUUCUACCACGUAGCCAUGUGCAUACUCGCCCAAGUAAACCCCGUCAGUCCGCGCGAUAGUGACGCCAACCGCGAGCUUCAGCAACAUCACGCUCAGCAGGUGUGCGGCAUCGCGGCGCAUAACAAAGAUCGCGCCGUGGCGUCGAUAGUGACUCGCUGCGUUGCGACCGUGGGCGGUGUGCUAUCUGAUCGAGUUGAGCAGACUGAGGCAUUGGCUAUCCUUGAGAGGAUCAGCACCGAGACUGGGUGGAGGUUGGGUAGCUUGAUGACUGAUUUGAAGAGGGCUUGGAGCUGGGGAGUUGUUGAGACGCCAAAUGGUGGUGGUGGUGGUGGUACAAAUGCUGCUAAUGAGAACAACAGUGGUAGAGGAGGAGGAGGAGGAGGAGGAGGAGGAGGAGGAAAAGCCUUUGCUUCGGCUCUACUUGGUGCUGGCGAUCUGACCUCAGCGACAGGGCAGACAACAAUGGAGUUGCCGCUUCCGUUGCCUUCAAGACCGCCUUCUAUAUUACAGCUUUUUGGUACGUCAUCGCAGGCUCAGCAACAACAGGCGCCAGCUGCCAGGACUCCUUCCACAGCGGCAGCAACUACGUACUCUAACUCGCCUACUAUACCCAAUUUGACGACCGCUCAACCAAAUCUUGCUAUCACUGCCUCAAGCAGCCGACACCAGACGCAUCAGACGCAUCACAGUCAUCCGACACACCAAAGCAAACCUAGUCCGCCUUCUUCGGCUGUGGGCGUUAGUCAACAAGCAUACCAGAGAUGGUACCAACAGGCCCCUUCGCCUAUAAGGUCAGGCACCAUGAGUUCACAGCAGAUGAGAGGGACAGGAGGCUCUUCAUCUCUGGGAUGGGGUUAAAAUCCCGUUCAAUGAUCUCUACAAAGACGUUUCACUAUGGUAGACUUGUCAAGUUCCCUAUCAUCACUAGAAUUUUGC